AUGAAACUUACCUUCAUGAUCACCACGGCCUUUGCCACCGCGGUCCUUGCGCAUCCUAGUCAUGUCAAUCAUCAUCGUCGUCACGUUCCCAAGGAUGCCGUCAACAUUGUCGAAAAGCGUGCCAUCCAUACCGAAUGGGUAAUCGAAACCGCCUGGAUUACUCAGACUGAGUAUGUGGAUGCAACGACUACCAUCACCAUCAAAGGCCAGCCUAGCCUGGCCAAUGAUGGGAGUGACGAGGCCGACACCGAAACCCGCAAGGAUGCCCAGUUUUCGAGACCCCGGCUCAGCAGGAUAGUCCCCCAACCCACAGUUGCCGCCGAUCCUGCUCCCCAGCCUGUCGUCAACCCUCCUGAGCACACUCCCGAGGCUAUCAUUCCCGCCCCUGCCCCGGCCGCUGCCUCGCCCGCCUCUAUCCCCCAGGUUGUUCCCGAGGCGCAACCUCAGGGCGGCUCCUCAGCGUCUAAUGGAGGGUCUUCCGACCUGGUCAACGGCGAAUUGACUUGGUUCAUCCUGGGGAUCGGCGCCUGCGGCUGGAAUGACGCGGGCAAGGACGAGUCCGAGUACUACAUCGCCCUUUCCGCCGAGGUUAUGGGCGAACGUUCUAACGACAAUCCUUACUGCGGAAGGACCGUAACCAUCACCGCCCCUAACGGAGCGAGUGCGAUCGCCACUAUCCGAGACAAAUGUGGCGACUGCGCGCCGGGCCAUAUUGAUGGCACGAAGAAGCUCUUUACGGAUCUCUUUGGUAGCCUCGGCGUUGGCCGAGGAGCCGUUCAGUGGCAAUUCAACUAG